AUGACCCGACUUACGACCCCAAGUCGUGGCCCAUUAAAGGCCAAUGGCUUAAUGUUGGCCCGUUAGAGACAGAAUGCAAAAGACCGCUCUCAGAUGGGGAAGAGGCCGAGGUCUACGAAAGCAGGACGAGGGCCCUUAUACUUUGGUGCUGCGGCAGCUUCUUUUUCCCCGACCAGCGGGCCAACGGAGUCAGCCUGUACUGGUUGCCCAAGCUGUUGGACAUGGAUUCAAUUAAGGGGUACAGCUGGGGUUCUGCAGUCCUUGCCUUUUUGUAUAGAGGGCUGUGCAAAGCCUUCAGGGCCGGGGAAGUAUGGCUCAAGGGUUGUGUGCAAUUGCUUCAG